AUGAAAUGGGGUGGAAGAAAAACUUCAACUUCAUCUUCAUCUUCAUCUUCUUUCAUUUCUUAUGCCUCUCCUUUUUCUUGGCUUUCAAAGCUAAAACACAUGAGAAUUAAUUCAGAUUCAAAUCAUGCAAAAGUUAAGCAGAAGGAAAAACUAGAGCAUAAUUCUUCUUCAUCUGUUGUUUCACUUUCACCACCACAUGAGAAAAAUGGAAGAAGACAAGGCACACUCAAGUUGAAGAAGAAGAAGAUUGGUGUAGAAGUUCAUGAGAGAAAAUUGUUCAAUGAUAAUAAUAAUAAUAAGAAGGGUUUAUUGAAGAUUGAUGAGUAUGAUAGAGACAAGGAAUAUGAUAACAUAAGGAGAAGAUUUGAGAGGAAAGCACAACAAGUUUUGGAAGAACAACUCUUGAAACUUGAAAGAGAAGUAAAAGAGAUUGAAGAACAAGAAGAAGAAGAAGAAGAAGAAGAUGUUCUGUUUCAAUUUGAAUCACCAAGAACAAUUUGUACACCAAGAACACAUUCUUUUGCUACUUAUUAUGCAGGGUUGAAGAAUCCUUCUAGUUUAAGAAGUGUCAAAGAAAAUGGUUAUGUGAAAAGUGAAAGGCUGUUUCAGAAGAAACUUUGUUCUGAGAAGUUGAAUUUGAAGGAGUUGAAGGUAAAAAGUGAGAAACAGAAAAGACCAUUGAAUUUUAACAGAGAAAUUCAAAGGAGGAAACCAAAGAAAGUCUCAAGGGUCAAAAUAUAUUCACCAAGGAUGGUUUCAAAGAUUGAAAUUUGCAGAAUAAAAGCUCUAGAAGAAAUGAGGAACAAAGCAAAACUGAAAAUGAAGAAAUUAGAAAGGGAGGAAAUUGGUAAACCAGAAUUAGAUAGUUUUGCUGUGAUAAAAUGUUCAUUAAAUCCAAAACAGGAUUUCAGAGAUUCAAUGAUUGAAAUGAUUGAAGAGAAAGGGAUUAAGAAACCAGAAGAAAUGGAAGAGCUUUUGGCAUGUUAUUUGACUUUGAAUGCUGAUGAGUAUCAUGACCUUAUAAUCAAAGUAUUCAGACAGGUAUGGUUUGAAAUGAAGCAACAUGGUUUUGGUUUCAAUUCACAAAUUCAUUGGGGUUACUAUCAAUAA